AUGGCUGCUGGGAACGCUAGAAGCAUAUUCGACGGGGCGAAAGCAGCCAUAUGGCCUCCUACUGGUUCCGGAUUGAGGAACAUGCUGGGGGUUGAGCAGGCUAUGGGAGGCGAUGAGGCCGUGCAGCAGCCGAUCACAGGCCGUGCCGAGGUGCAUCAUGGGAAGCCCGCUGCCGGGAUCCCCUGGCUCCCGGCUACAGCCCCUGCAGCUUCGUCCCGCGCCGCUCUUGCGGGCGGGAAUGCAGUAUCGCGUACGGGAACGGCUUCGGCUACGCGCAUAUAG